GUUCCGAUGAUCUGAUCCACCCUUGAUGCGGGUGACAGCAAUGGGUAGGGAAAUUACUGCAUAUUUUAUCUUAUAGGUGUCAGGACACGAUGGUUGUUAGACCGCGGCAUAUAUGAAAAUUUCCGUCCGUGGGAUCAACAAAAUUUACGGAGCUUAAAGCUAAAUCCAGCCGUCCUCUUUAAGGUAAGAAAUGGACAAUAGAAACGGGAGUGAGAGAGAGAGAGAGAGUCCGGUGACCGCCUCCACCUCCGUCCCUACCAAAACCUCAAGAAUCCGUCGUCCAAUUGGGCGUACGCCAACCAACGACCCUCUCCUAAGUUUCCCCCCUCUUUAGUCUUUUUCUAUGUUACAAUUGAAUACCUCACCAAAGAGGAAGAAGGUGGAGAAACGAAACUGGUUGGUUGGGCAUUGCGAUCAUGGCCGCCAUUGAGAGGACGAGCGGCGUCGAUCUGGUGGCGACCGGGAGCCCCUCCACUGGCGGCGGCCGUGGCCGAGCACAGGAGCCCUGUAGCCCCAAGGAUCUGGCCUCCGCCUACGACGUCGCCGGGCUCCCCGUACUCUGCUAGUACCCCGACGGCUCGGUCGAUUUCCACUUGGAGCCUCUGCUGGAUCGGGGGCUAGCCAGGGACUGGGCUACGGCCGUGUCGGCAUUGGCGGCGCAGAGGCCCAACGGCGUCGUCUCUGGAAGCGAAAGGUUUAAGCGGGAGAUGAUGGAUUUGGAGGAGUUGCUCUCGAGGCUGAACCCGAUGGCGGAGGAGUUCGUGCUCCCGUCUCUCUCGGGACAAGGGAAUUGGUGCGGCGCGGCCGGCGGCGGUGACGGAGGGUUUUAUGCCAAUGGUUUUGGGUGAGCAACCAAGUGCGGAAUAUGGUGGGAUGCGUGUAAGAAGAAGAAUGGAUAUGGUGAUGGAAAGCAGCGUCGGAUAAAUAGCCGGACUAGCUUGGCACAGCGAGACGAAGUGAUUAGAAGAACUGUGUACGUCUCAGACAUCGAUCAUCAAUCAGGUAGUCAGGCUAAUCCAGAAUUUGUCAGUGCUAUAUGUCCUUUAAUUUGAUGAUUUGAACAAAUCUCGGGAGCAUAUUUACAGAUGGCUUUGGAUUGAGCUUUGGUCAAUGAUCAUAUCAUGUCUUUUUCCUUUUGUUAAUUCCUUUUUCUCCCUUAUGUGUUGAUGGCCUUUGGACAUCCUCGCUCGGGACACAGCAUGUAGACUCAGGAUAAAUGCUCAUUGACCAUCUCUUGUGGUAUUCUUUAAAUGAUUGAUUCCUUACACAUCUCAAUCUACGUCACUAUUAUGCUAUUUUUGGGUUAAACUAGACUUUUAUCUUGAUCUUAUUGGAAGACAAGGUUUUGAAACUUUAUGAUGUACGAUGGGUUUUAAUUAUUUAUUUGUGAAUAGAAGAAAAGAGCGGAAAGUAAGAUUAUAACAUAAAGGUAAUAAGAAGAAAUGGAUAAUAGGAUGGGUUUUAAUUAUUUAUUUGGGAAUAGAGGUAAAGAGGGGAAAGGAAGAUAAUAACGAAAAGAUAAUAAGAAGAAAUGGAUAAUUCCUCGACUCAAGGACAUAGUUUUGCACAUCCACAUGUCUCACCCUAGUUUACGAGACGAUCCUGAAUUAUGUUCGCAAAAUUUCUAGCCUAGUCUGUGAGACAGUACCAGAUCAAAUUUUGCCAAGUUAUGACAAUUACAUUUUUCAAACAUUUCUAUUCCAUAUUGAACUUGUUUUGGGAAGGACCUAUUCUCUUUUAAAUUGCCAAAUUCUCAGUGUUGAACUUAGACCUGCAUCUAAUAUAUAUGGUUUGUAUCUCACUCAGUCCUGUAUGUCCUUGAUCAUCUGAGAGAACUAGUAAAAUUAUGGCAUCACCAGUUCAUUGAUCUGAGGCAAUAACUGGUUUUGAAAAGGUGACAGAUGUUCCAUGUUUUCUUUUGCCAUUUGCCAGCCUUGUGUAAUCAUGCUUUCAUAAAAUUUAUGUUUGCAGUGUACUGAGAAACUCUGAAACAUGUCUCAUAUUCGAUAUUAUUUUUAAUGCUAUGGGAAGAGUACUUUAAAUGAUUUGUUGCAAUACAACACAUUUAACGUUUCUAAACUUUCAGAACGGAGUCUGUGAUGUAUGUUUCUGCUUUAUAUUUACGUCACUGAAGAACAGUUUACAGCACAUUUCAUCAACUGCGGGCAGGUGAGAUACUUGUAUACUCUUCAUGUCUCAUCAAAGAGCAUAACACUUCUAAAUAAAGUAUUGAGGCAGGUCGUUGAUGUGUUCAAGGACUGUCUACUGUACAAAUAUUGACAAGAAGGUUUCUCAGGCAGAUCUUAAACUCUUCUUCGAAUCUAUUUGUGGAGAGGUUUACCGCUUAAGAGUGCUUGGCGAUUGUCAACAUUCCACGAGGAUUGCUUUUGUGGAGUUUGUGAUGGCUGAGAGUGCAACCGCUGCUCUGAACUGUAGCGGUGUGGUCUUAGGAUCCAUGCCGUUAAGGAUAAAGCCCUUAAAAGACUCCUCGUGCGCCCGGGUUCACCUCAGUGUCCCAUGUGCUUUAAUCUUCGAGAGCUCCAGGAGGUGGCUGACAGCAGCCACGCAUACAGAUAUUUAAGGUUUCUGGAACAUUGGGGCUUUGAUAUUUAUCCACGAUCCGGCACCAAGACCUUCAGAGUGUUUCUACGAAACAAAAUAUUCGGCCUGCCGAGAUCUUUCUAAGUUUCAGAUUGUAUCUUAUCAGAAGGGUGAGAGGUGUUUUUGUUAUUUAGUAGAUUUCCAUUACACUAAAGUAUUAGCUACUGCAUCCAGGACUCUCACGAGCAGUUAUUUGAACUACGCCACUUUUCUCGAA